AUGACUGAUAAUAAGCAAGAUAACGAAUUUGCAGUAUCGCUAGUUUCUUUUCAAUGCCCACCAACCAAUGUAGUUAAUUUUAACCAAGCUGAAAAGUCGUCAACAAAUACCAGAUCUAGAUCUCGAACACAGACACAAAAGUAUUCUUCAUCAAAUAACCUAAAUAAUAUUAGUUCUUCAAAAGAACCUCGUGAACGAUCUUCAUCAUCUUCAAGACGGAAUCAAAAACGUACUACUGUAGCUUUUGGUUUAACAACAAAUUUUGCAGAAACCGUUCAAGGUAAACUAGAAGAAAAAUUAGGAGGUAAUGUACAAAAAAAUAGUACAUUAACUCCUCCAAAUGUUUAUACAAGUCGACGAAUGUCCACUUCAUCAUCAGGAAAUAAUUCUUCAAAUAGACUUUGUUUAACAGACAGGCAGGAUGACACAACCAUAACAAGUGAAAUAAAAAGAAAUUCGCACAGAAUUAGUCGUCUUGAAAAUCUUAUAUUAAGUGUUGAAAAGAAAAGUAUUGAUAAGAUGGAAAGUAUUGAGAAAAAACUAGAUUUAAUUUUAAACAACAAGAUACCUUCAUCACAAGUGAAUGAUACUAAUGAAAAAUCAACUAAUUUAUCUGAAGAAAAAUUAAAGGAAGUUAUUACAAAAAAGUUGAAAGAUGAUAUUGAAUUUAAAAAUUGGCUUAGUAAAGAAUUUAUUUCAAUAGGUAAGGAAAACGUUAAAGAAGUCGAUGAUUCACAAAAAAAAGUUACCUCAUCUUCAAAAAUUAUAAAUUUCAAAAAUAUUAAUGCUACAUCUCCUGCUAGAGGUAUACCUCUUUCAAUUAACUCAAAAAAUUAUAUAGCACGCCAAUUUGGAAAAGAAAACAUGGAGUAUACUACUCAACAAUCAUAUGUCCAGUCAUUGGUUUCCAUGGAUUUAAAAGAACCAGGUUCUCCAGUUGUAUUUGAAUCAAAUGUCUUGCAAAUAAAAAAGAAUAUUCAAACUCCAAAAUCUCGAUAUGUAUCAGAAGAUUUACUUAAUUCUCCUAUUGAUCAAAGUAUAAUAUACGAAGAAACAAUAAACAGACAAAGAAAUCAUAAUCCUAAAUAUAUAUAA